AGAAGAGUCUGUUAAUUAAUAAUUUUUUGGAUUCCUUCUAUAGAAUUGUUAACUACAUGAAUGUUCCUUUUUAAUUUAGUGGUUUGUGAAUUAUUUAAUAUGUAAAAUGAGCUUUUCCGUGAAAAAAACAGGUGGUAGGAUGUGGCAUGAAGCGCGAAAACAAGAAAAGAAAAUUCGUGGAAUGCUAGUAGAUUAUCGUCGCCGAGCUGAACGUCGACGGGACUAUUAUGAAAAAAUUAAAUCGGAUCCUACACAAUUUCUACAACUUCAUGGAAGACCUUGCAAAAUACACUUAGAUCCAGCAGUUGCUACGGCUGGUGACAGUCCUGCAAACAUGAUGCCAUGGCAAGGAAAUGAAGACAAUCUUAUUGACCGAUUUGAUGUACGUGCUCACCUUGACUGGAUACCAGAAGCACCAGAUUGUAUUGAUGUGGACAUUGCUCUUACUAGUGAAGAUAGACAUAUCAAUUAUGAACGUUAUCGUAUAAUUGUUCAAAACGAAUUUUUAGGAGUAACGGAAGAAAAAUUUUUACAUCAAAUACACUUGGAAGAACAAUUUGGUUCAUCAACAAAAUUAGAUUCUGCAAGGGAUAAGAAGAAAUCAUGUAAUAAUGUAGCCAUUGGGUACAAUUAUGAAACAGAAGAACCAAUAACAGAAACGGUAAAAACAAUGGAUGCUGUUAUAUCUGACGAAAAGGCAGAUGAUGAAGAUAGUGAUAUCGAUUUAGAUAUAUGUGUAGAUGUAUCUCAAAUAGAGCCAUCACAAGCACAUGAAAUGAAUUUGGUAGCUCAAAAAUAUGGGCUUUUAGGAGCUGAUUACUUUAGUUUUUUAACACAAGAUUUUGAAGAAGCUGAAACAUUGAGACAAGCACGUAAACAAGAAGAAGAAAAAGCUAUGUAUUCGGGUAGGAGAUCACGUAGAGAAAGACGUGCAUUUAGAGAGAAAAAAAUGAUCGGUCGAGUUAUGAGUCCACCAAGUUAUGCGGCGAGAGAAAGUCCUGAAUAUAAUCCCUAUAGAAAAUCUUCGUCCAAAUCUCGUUCAAGAUCUGCAUCACCUGUUAACACUGGACAAAUAACAUAUAUUACAAGUUUUGGUGGUGAAGAAGAAACACAUGGAAGUUCGUCUCAUGUUACUUCUUCUAAUUCAAGAAAAAUGAAUUAUUCUCAUCUUAGACGUAGAAGAUCAGACAGCCCAACGAUCAAUGAGCGAACAAUUAAUAGAAAAUUUUCAAAAUCAAGAUCAAGAAGUUGCUCUCGUUCUAUUAAUAAAUCUAAAUUGUACAGAAAGCGUAGUACAUCAAGAAUAAGAUCAAGAAGAACACGUUCGAGACAUAGCAAAAUUACAAGAUCAAGAACAAGAAGUCGUUCAAGGCGAUCACGAACUCGUAGUGAAUCUAGAUCUCGGUAUAGAAGUUUUACUAGAUCCCGUUCGCAUACUAUUUCAAGAUCGAAAACAAGAUCUAGAUCUCGUUCACGUCCGAAAAGAUCUAGAAGUUCAUCUUCAAGCAGUGCAUCUAGAUCAAAAUCAAAAUCAAGAUCAAGAUCUAAGUCGCACAACAGAAGCCAUUCAAGGGAUAGUUAUCGUCGAAGACAUCACUCUCCAUCAAAAUCAGUAUCUAAAUCUCGAUCCAGAACUAAAUCUCAAUCUAGAUCGAGAUCAAGAUCAAGAAGCAAAUCCAGAUGCAAACGAUCUCGCAGUAUUGAAAAUAAAACACCAACAUUACCGAGAUAUUAUGGCCGACGUGGAAAAUCAUCAAGUUUGGAAUUAGAAUUAUCAGAUAGCGAGGAAAAAAUUCCUACAGCAACACCAAAACCAACGGCUACUAAUACCACGAGCAUGAACAAGCCAAAAGCAGGGUUAAGUACAAAUUCUGGUGGCGGACACAAAUCACUGAAAAUUACACCUCAGGAACGACUCAAGAAAAAAAUGCAAGCUUUAUUGAAUAGACAAUAUAAAGCUGACAAAAAGGCCGAGCAACUUAGGAUUGAAAAAAUGGAACAACAACGACAAGAUCGGGAAGAUGAAAUUCGAGAAAUGUCCUUGAAGUUACGCAGAAAACAAAGAGAACGAAGACACCGUUAUGAAGGUCAUAGUUCUGAUUCACAUUCCUCUGUAUCACGUACACCAAGUCCCGGUCGUAGUCCGCGAAUUAUGCGACGCGAAAGGAAAGAAAGAGAUAUGAGGGACUUUGAAAACGAUCGUGAACGAGAAAGAGAUAGAGAACGCGAUAGACGUGAUGAUAGAGAAAAGUUUAGAAUUGAAUCUCGUAGGAAAUAUAGAGAUUCACCACUUCGUUCUUUAAGUCCAAGAAAUAGCCGAGGCCUAGUCGAUUAUUGACAACAAGAAAGCGCACGGUUAAUCUUCCACUUAAUGGACUUAAAAUUCUAUUAGACACUUCCUGUAUUGCAUUCCUUCCGUCAAAUGCUACAAGUGUUCUAAAAAGU